UAGUCUGUCAGACCGUCCGCCCGUCAGUCGGUCAGUCCGUCCGUCGACCGGUGGGUCGGUCGGUCGGUCCUCGAGUCCCGGGCCGUGAUUUGCAGCGUUGGGCUUCCCCGCGGGGCGGGCGCCGCCGCCGCCCGGGAGGGGGCGUGUGUAGUGUGUGCGUGUGAGAGGGCUCUGCGGCCGGAGCCUCCCUUCUCCCCACUCCCCACCCAGCCGCCCGCCGGCCGGUCACGCAGCCCGCGGGGCGGGAGCAGCAGCGACCGCAGCGGGAGGAGGCAGCCCGGCUCGGCCCGGCCGCCCCAGAGAUGGAGCAGUUAUCAGAUGAAGAACUUGACCAUGGUGCUGAGGAAGACAGUGACAAAGAAGAUCAGGAUCUGGACAAAAUGUUUGGGGCUUGGCUUGGGGAGCUAGACAAACUUACACAGAGUUUGGAUACUGACAAGCCAACAGAACCAGUAAAAAGAUCUCCUCUUCGCCAGGAAACAAACAUUGCCAAUUUUUCUUAUCGAUUCUCCAUGUACAAUUUGAAUGAAGCCCUUAAUCAGGGAGAAACUGUGGAUUUGGAUGCCCUGAUGGCUGAUCUUUGCUCUAUUGAGCAGGAACUCAGUAGCAUUGGGUCUGGAAACAGUAAGCGUCAAACCACAGAAACAAAAGCUGCUCUGAAAUUACCUGCUAGCCGACAUACCUUGAAACAUGGCACCCUGAAAGGAUUGUCCUCUUCAUCUAAUAGGAUAACUAAGCCUUCACCUGCCAACUACUCCUUGGAUGACAUUACUGCACAAUUAGAACAGGCUUCUCUCAGCAUGGAUGAAGCUGCUCAGCAGUCAAUAAUGGAAGAUGCCAAACCUACUGUGAUUAAUCAGCACAGGAGAACAGCAUCAGCAGGUACUGUAAGUGAUGCUGAAGGACGCUCUAUUAGCAAUUCAUCUCGUUCAAGCAUCACUUCUGCAGCUUCCAGCAUGGAUUCUUUGGAUAUUGAUAAGAUGACACGUCCUCAAGAACUAGAUCUGACACAUCAGGGACAACCAGUUACUGAGCAUUUUAGUUCUGUGGGAUGUCCCAGCAAGCAGGCCAAGUGUCAUAUUGACUUCAUGGAAGAAGAGACUGAGCUAACUCCUGAAGAACAAGCAGCCAAAGUGAAGGCAGAAAAGAUCCGAGUGGCCCUGGAGAAGAUUAAAGAAGCCCAAGUGAAGAAGCUUGUAAUUAGAGUCCACAUGUCUGAUGACAGCUCUAAAACAAUGAUGGUAGAUGAGAGGCAGACGGUGAGACAAGUGUUGGAUAAUCUGAUGGACAAGUCACACUGUGGCUAUAGCUUAGACUGGUCACUAGUAGAAACCAUCUCUGAAUUACAAAUGGAGAGAAUCUUUGAAGAUCAUGAAAACUUAGUUGAAAAUCUUCUAAACUGGACAAGAGAUAGUCAAAACAAGCUUAUCUUUGUGGAACGUAUAGAAAAAUAUGCACUUUUCAAAAAUCCCCAGAACUAUCUUCUGGGGAAAAAGGAAACAUCUGAGAUGGCAGACAGAAAUAAAGAAGUACUGCUGGAGGAGUGUUUUUGUGGCAGUUCUGUGACCGUCCCGGAACUUGAAGGAGUGCUGUGGCUGAAAGAUGAUGGCAAGAAGUCCUGGAAAAAACGUUAUUUUCUCCUGCGAGCUUCUGGUAUUUACUAUGUUCCUAAAGGAAAAGCAAAGGUUUCUCGGGAUCUAGUAUGCUUUCUUCAGCUGGACCAUAUCAAUGUUUACUAUGGACAGGAUUAUCGCAACAAAUACAAAGCACCUACUGACUAUUGCUUAGCCCUGAAGCACCCACAGAUCCAAAAGAAGUCUCAGUAUAUCAAGUAUCUUUGUUGUGACGACGUUAGAACUCUGCACCAGUGGGUAAAUGGCAUCCGGAUUGCAAAGUAUGGAAAACAGCUCUACCUGAAUUAUCAGGAAGCCCUGAAGAGAACAGAGUCAGCCUAUGACUGGACCUCCUUGUCUAGUUCCAGUAUCAAAUCUGGAUCAAGUUCUUCUAGCAUCCCAGAGUCUCAGUCAAAUCACUCUAAUCAGUCUGAUAGUGGAGUUUCUGACACCCAGCCAACAGGACAUAUUCGUUCCCAAAGUAUCGUGAGCUCUAUCUUUUCAGAAGCUUGGAAACGAGGGACUCAAUUGGAAGAGUCCAACAAGGCCAGAAUGGAGUCUUUGAACCGACCUUACACUUCACUUAUGCCCCCUUUGUCCCCACAAACUAAGACAGUUGCUCCCUAUACUGCUUCACAGCCAUCUCCCCCUCUCCCACCCCCUCCACCUCCUCCACCACCACCUCCACCCCCUCCACCCCCGCCUCCACCCCCUCUCCCCAGCCAGGCUGCACCUUCUUCAGUUUCAGCAGCCACAAUGUUUGUCAAAUACAGUACAAUAACCAGGCUGCAGAAUGCUUCUCAACAUUCGGGACCUCUCUUUAAACCCCCACCACCCCUGGUGACACAGCAAGUGUCAGCAGCCUCACAGUCAGGAAAACCUCAACUCUUGGUGCCUCCUAAUGGGGUAGUUCCACCUCCCCCUCCUCCACCCCCACCUCCUACCCCAGGAUCAGCUAUGGCUCAGCUAAAACCAGCCCCAUGUGCCCCAUCAGUUCCUCAGUUCAACCCCCCACCUCCACCUCUGAAAAUCCAUCAAGUGCAGCAGAAUGUUCUUCAGGCUACUCCUCCUGCUCCCCCACCCCCUCCUCCUGUUCCUGCACCCCCACCUCCUCAAGCCCCUCCCAAACCCAUGGUGACUCCCCCACCAACCAGUACCAAAACUGCCUCACCUACUGUGAUACAAACCCCACUCUCUGUUCCCACCCCUCCAAUUCCCCCAGCAAAAAAACAGCCAGUUUUUCCCAUUUCCCAGAUUCCACAAUCUCCUCCUGCUCUUCCUAGUCCAGUCCCCCCACCAACAUUACCAAAACAGAGUUUCUGUGUAAAACCACCUCCUUCUCCACAGUCUCCUGUGCCGUCUGUUGUGAAGCAGAUAGCCAGCCACUUCCCACCUCCUCCCACCCCUCCUCCAUCAGAGCCUCAACCUUUAAAGCCUGUGCCAUUGAGUGUAACACCACAAUCUCCCCCUGCUGUGAAAGCCAAGCCUAAGUGGCAGCCCAGCUCUGUGCCAUCCCCUGACUUUCCUCCACCUCCACCUGAAAGCAUCCUUGUAUUUCCACCUCCACCAGCAGCAACCCCAGGGGUCUCUCCCGCCCCUGAUAAAAUUGGAUCUCCAGUCAAAAAGACCAGCAAGACUUCUAGUCCAGGGGGAAAGAAACCACCCCCUACACCACAGCGAAACUCCAGCAUCAAAUCUGGCAGCUGUGCGGAAUAUCAGGAGUCUAAAAGACCUUCGGUGGACAGCCUGGUUAGCAAAUUUGCACCCCCCUCAGAACCUUCAGGGUCUCCCAACAAGGAAACUCCACCUCCUCCUGCAGCUCCACCAAAACCUGGAAAACUCAAUCUUUCUGGAGUCAGUCUACCAAUAGUUCUCCAACAAGGAGGCAUUUCAGCAAAAGUACCUGUUAUGAGUGGACCUGGCAAGGACUCAGUGGUAGAAUUUCCUUCUCCUCCUUCAGAUUCUGACUUUCCACCUCCUCCGCCUGAAAUAGAGCUUCCUCUACCACCAGUAGAGAUUCCAUCAGUGUUUUCAGGAAACACUCCUCCAAAAGUGGCUGUUGUUAACCCUCAGCCACAGCCGUGGUCCAAAACAUCAGUGAAGAAAGCUCCUCCACCCACGAGGCCCAAGCGGAAUGAUAGUACCCGCCUCACACAAGCGGAAACCACAGAGCAACAGGUAACUGCCACAGUCAUUCCACAAGUGCCCACUUCUCCCAAGUCCAGCCUUAGUGUCCAACCUGGAUUCUUGGCUGACUUAAAUAGGACACUGCAACGGAAGUCCAUCACCCGGCAUGGCUCCCUGUCUUCUUCCCGGAUAUCCAGAGCAGAGCCAACUGCCACCAUGGAUGAUAUGGCAUUACCUCCUCCACCCCCUGAACUGCUCUCUGAUCAACAGAAGGUUGGCUAUGGAGGUAGUCAUAUCUCAGGCUAUGCAACAUUGAGGAGGGGGCCACCUCCUGCCCCCCCUAAAAGGGACCAGAACACCAAGCUCUCUAGAGACUGGUAGCUACUAUAGGAUUCUGGGUAAUUUUUCAAUCAGCUAAUCUCACCUAUAAGUUCAGGUGUUCAGCACCUCCUUGUGCGAUAGGUAAUGUGAUCAAAAUGGUAACAGCUGUAGCUAAGGGUAAUUGUGUACACUACCCCCCAUCUUGCAUACUUAGUCCAAAAAUGGGUUGUGUGUUUUGGGUGGGUGGGUGGAGGGGAUGGGUGUGUCUUAUCCCUCGAUGUUCCUUUUUUUCUUUCACGUGGAUUGGACCAAAAACCUUUCUUACUUUUUUCUGCAUUUGAGGUAUUUUGUAGUGUCUGUCCAUGUGCAAUGAGACUCCGUUUGUGCAUGUUUUAUAAUAUAUAUUGAGUAGGUUUAUAAUGGGACAUUUCUCACAAUUAUAAAAGACAUCCAGAAUGUUUGGUCUAUCUAGAUUGUUUGAGUCUUCACUUUCAAGCAUAGGGAGGGGGAAAUUUAAGCUAGGAAAAGCUUUCAAGAGUGAGAACAAUACCAGGACAGUUUACGAUCAGCUGUUUAGAAUAUAGACAUGAUACAACCAAAACAUUCUAGCUGUAAAAACUAAAAGGAGAUAGAAAUUAUUUGAUCUGGAGUAAAGUAAAUUUCUGCCACAAGCAGCCUUCUAGAAUGUGGCAUUCUGUCCCUGAGAAAAUAAGGAAUAAAUUACCUGUCAGUAAGCUUUGUUAGUUCAUUUUACUGUUAACCAAGAACACCAUUUUAAUCCCUUUCUUGAGUUUCUUGAGUUUUCUUGAGUUUUUAAUCGUUUGUUCCAUGUUUCUUUGUUUUGAUUCGUUAGGAUAUUCAUGUCUAGUACCAACCAUCUAGUGAUGUCGUGUUCCAGGACACCAGUCAUCCUUUAGAGUGUGUGCUUUAUGUAGCUGUAUGUCAUACAUAUCUCUGCAUAAUAUGUACACGUUAUACAAAUAUAUUGUUGCCCAAAAAAUAUCUCUAGGGAGAAUAAAUACCUCGUACAUUUCUGCUGCUCUCCCUAGUAGGAGCAACUAGGAAUUAUAGGAAAUUUAGUUUAAGCUUCUACUUCUUUGUCCUUUUCAGCAUUAACGAAUGCACAAAUCCACGGAACACAUUCCGUAUCUUACAUGGAACUUGAGAAUAUCAUUAGACUCCAAAAGAGGAGGGAGGAAAAGAACACAAAUCAGAAUCCUAUCUUUAUAAAUUGUGAAGGUUUAUCCAGCUACCAGAUAGUGAUUAGAAUGUCAAAUUAUGGGUACUUGAUAUUGAUCAUCUAUUGUGCAUGUGCAGCACAGCAUGAAAUCAUAGUGGAACAACUCCAGAUCUAAUGGUGUUUUCUGGUUAAAUAUUGUUCCAUGCCAGUUUUUAUUGGAGGGAAGAGGAGGAAGAGAUGGACAUAAAAAUCCUGUCCUGUCACCCUGAUCUUGGGGAAUGGUAGGAGUUGCUUUACACAGAACACUGUAUGACCAUGACCUGCCCAGCAAGCAUGAAUAAAUGAGUAUCAAUGAAGAAAAGAUGUUCAUUUUUGUAAAGAUGGAAAUGUCAAGACUGUGACCCUAUGGAAGAAGGAAUCCAAAUAAUAGUCAUCUUUUGGGAGUAAGUAAAGAUUGAGCAAGUUUUGCCCAAAAGAUCUAAUGUAAAAAUUUUCCCCCUUAGAAAACAGUGUGCCCUAAAGAGAAAGUGAAGAGUGAAAAAAAGUAAGCAGCACCUCCAUUAUUGCAUCCCCAUUCUCCUGCGUUAAUAUAGUUUGAGCAAUAAGACCAUUGUGCAUUUUAAAGCAAUGCUACUUUAAAAAGCACUUUUUUUGUAUUUUCAAUUGUUCACAAAACUUCCUGUGUUUAACAUUUAUGUGCUUAUGAAGUGUCCUUAAAAGCAUUUGCAUUGUUGAUUCUGAAGCAUGCCCUGGUUUAGCCAGCUAACGUCACCUUCUAGAAGGUUAAACUAUGCUGUUGUCUAUGGGUGCUGCUGUCAUUUUCCACAGCCUUCUACUUGCAGUUUUGUAUUGUAAGGAUUGCCUACCCACCUCUUCUCUGAGGUGGAAGUAUUAAGAUUAGGAAUCCAGAUAUCUGUUUAGUACUGAGUUUAGCUGUGAUGUCAAACUUUUAUGAAGUUGGACAGAGGACUGUUUUUUUCCCUAUGAAAAAUCAGAUCUCUUCUUUCCUCCCUUAGGCCUCCAAAGUUUUUCUAGGACAAUUACGGUUUGGAUAAGACUCUAAGAAAUAAUAUUCAUUCGUUGUUUCAUUCGCUACUUUUUCUGCCUUCAACAAUGGCCAAUAACUGUCACUCAUUUUCCCUUGAGACUAAGGACUCUUUGAAUGAACACUAAUGGAAGUUUUUGGAGGCAGAAAUGAUGCUCCAGACCUUUGGUAAGGAACACAUUACAGUAAGGAAUUAGAAAUGAUUUUUUUUCUUGGUUGAACAUAAGACCAUUUCUGUCUUUAAGGAAAAUAGAAAUAUAACAAACUAUCAGCUUACAUUUUAUGUGUUUUCUUAUGUGGAUGCAGGAAACAACUGAAUAAUAAACCAAAAUAAAAGUUUUUAGUAUACUCUUUGAGGGUUUAGAUUUUUCUUCUAGAAGGUUUUGUUUUGUUUUUUUUUUUGUUUUUGGGGUUUGUUUUUUUUUUUGUUUUGUUUUUGCUGCUGAUAUUUUUAAACCUUUUUUUCCCCAAGGGAGUUUUGGGGGAAGAUUGGGGGUUCUUAAAAAAAUAACCUCAAACCUUUGAUUUUGGGUAUUUUUGUAGCCAUUCCUUUUUCUCUGUAGGUUCAGGGAAAUCUAUCUACUGCCAGAUGACACUAGUACUGUGCCUUCCUUCCACUGCCUCUGCUAACAGUUCCAAUCCAGCAUCCUUUUUCCAGACCAAGGAGAGCUGGAAAUCUGGCUUGGCAGCAUUGACUCCAAGGACCUCAAACAGUUCAGCUUUAAAUUACUGCUUUAGAUGGCAGUGCAAAUUGGUGGUUAUUACAUGUACUAACCUGCUUAUUUACAAACUGUACCAUCAAGUUUGAACUACGGCAGGAUCAAUUUCUCUCUCUGGUAAUAAUGUAACUUAUGUGUUGUUUUUUUUUUAACUUAAGCACAUUAAUGUAAACAUUAAAAUAUUCAAAAGAUAAUGGGAUCUGGUGUUAGAAAUUAGCAUCACAGUUUUGCCAGUGUGGCUUUUGGUCAGUGGAAGGAAAUAAUCUGAUUUCUCUCUAUUUCAGGCAAGUGAUUAUUAUAAGGUUGCUGUAGCUCGCUAAUUAGAUCACAAUUUGCAAGUUGUUGCUUUUUUAAGUGAGAAAAAUAAGUAAAAUUACUGGAAAAAAGGAAAAUGUCAAGCUAUGCCUUACCAAUCGUUGAUACUUGAUUGUUGUUAAAAUUCCUUGUGCAUUUUUGGCUGUCUUUAACUUUGACUCUAUAGAGUGGUGGUCCCUUUCUAGGAGUAGAUUUGCUAAGAGCCAGGCUAUGAUCCAAACUUGAAAAAUACUCCUUGGUGAGGUUAUUUUUAAAUGAUAUUAUACUUAGAAUGGAUGUGUUAAUUUAUUAUCCAUGGUGAGCUCUUACAAAAUAAAUGUGCAAGAAAUAUUCAGGCAAAGUGAUAUUCGUUAUAUACUGCAAGGAAGAUGGGGACCCAAGGUAGCAACACUAAGCAUGUUCUUCCUCCUUGUGAUUGAUUGCAACUGCCAUCACCUAGUACUCAAGUAUAUAAAUGCCUUUAAAUUACAUAGGCAGAAAUGCAGCAGAUAUGGUGUGGAUUAGUUUAAGUUAACCAAUAGCUACUUUUGAACUCCUUUUUUCCUGGUCAAAGAAUGGGGAAAGGCCUUUUCCAAAAGCUCUAGCCAAAUUUUACUAGGUUCCUGAGAGAAACAUGAGUUUUUCCCACCUGUCUUUGGCGAAUUAUUCCUUUUAAUCACCCCUCCCUCCCAAAAAAAAAUUAAGAUAAUUUCCUUUCAUGGUCAUACCUAUCAUUUAUUUUAAAAUCGUUUGAUUAUAGCGAGUAAACCUCUACAGUGCAGAUGUGCCACUAAUUCAGCAACCUAAACAUCUGACUUUAUACAAAAGAUAAGAAGGCAUUGAUUUCACAAUAGGAUUCCUUUAAAUAUAAACAACUUUCUGAUGACUUCGUUGAUUAUGGCAAGGAUACAUCUGUACUCUUUUCUUCCUAGUAAAAUAAACUUGGACUGGGCCCAAAGAACGAAUAAUUUGAAAACUAAUGUCUUCCAUUAGUUUUAGAUAGAUAAUAACCCUUUAGGAUACGGCUUUCAUUGAACUCCAAAGAGAGAGAAUAAACAUUUGGAUUUUCAUUUACCCAAACUAUAUGCCAUGUGCAGUACAUGACUGCCAUUAGCAUGUAAGCAAUUUAAAUUCGUGUCUACAUAACCAAGAGUACAAAAAUAAUUACAUAAUUACAAUUAAAGAAAAAAAAAUUGACCUCAUUCACCCUGAAUGUAAAAAAAAAAAUCUUGGUUUGAGCUUCUCCAGUGAAGUAGUAUGCCAAAAUACUAACAAGUUUCACUGUAUACUUUGAAUUCCUUGGAGGAACAACAUUCUAGAAAUCAGUUAAGUAGAUUAAUCCACGAUGGCUGACAAAAGGAAGGUCCAGGCAUGGCAAAAAUGAAACCACAGCUAUUUCACUGGUUAUAAACAUCCCCCCAGAUGGAAUGACUUUGGCCAUGAAUGUUGUUAGGUAAGUUCAGGGCUGUCUACCAAAGAUGUAGUAAGUGUUAGGAAAGCCAAGUAAAAGGUAUUGCAUCUGGAAAAGGUUAUCAGCACAGAGGUAUAAACCAUACUUUGUGAAAAUGGACAUCUGGACGGUGUCUGUUUCUGUUAAGUAAUUUGGCAUGAAUGACUGUACCAAUUAGCUCCUCUUUUAAGAUAUUCUUUGAGUUUAAAGAAAAUCAUAGUUCAAUUAAAUUUCUGUUUUUCUAACCUUAUUAAAGGACUGGCAUUUGGAAUAGUUUAACAUAAUAUUUAUAAACUUACAUUUCAAUCAUAAUCACUCGAACUUUAUCUCUUAAAAAAAAUCUUUAUGAAACAAGCAUUAAGUGGAGUAUUUCCCAUGGUUUUGCAGCUUCAUUUUGUUAGCAGCCAUUGAUGGAAUUCUGUACAGAGAUGCACAUUAAAAGUCAUUAGUCUGUGCAAAAGCGUGUACUAGAUGUAAAUACAUUCAUGUUUACCGCUUUUUUAAGAAAUUGCACCUUUUAUCUUUAAAUGGGAUUGCCUCCCCCAUUGCCUACUCCUCCCUCACCCCAACCCCUUAACCCAAAUUUGGGGGGAGGGGAGGAGGCUCUUAGAAACUCUGACAGAUACAGUUUGGGAGAGCUUUGCCAUAUAUAAAUAUAUAAAUAUAUGUAUGUAUAAAUAUACUUUUUUAAGCAUGGGAGAGAGGACAAAAGGAACUGCAUUAUAAAGUACCCCAUAUACAAAAGAAUAUGCACAAUUCAAUAAGGAUGUAGUUAAAUUCAAUAUUUUUUUGUCUUGUCUUUUGCAUAACUGUAUGCUCUUAUUUCAUAAUGUGCCUUGCUCCCUGAUUGUGUGAAAAUAUAGAGAGAUAUAUUCAGUACUACUGACCAUGUUUUCAUUAUACUGCUGGAUUAAGUUAUUUUACUGAGUCACUCUCUUGCCAAUUAUUGUUAGUAAACUAUUGUAACGGCUUAGGAUGGUGGUCAUGAGGUCAGUGUAAAUUUCUUUUCAUUUAUAUGUUUCCAUUAUGUAAGUUUACUGAAACCUUAAUAAAAUAUUGGCUUCAUCUAUA